AUGACGUACGAUCUGAGCUUUCCGCGGGUCCGAGACCCUGCGAUUGUGGCCUCGGUGUUCAUGAGCCUCGCUUUGGCAACGACCAUUUUGCGGAUAUGCUCCAUCAGGGUGAGGGGCGUGGCAUUCGAUGUGGAUGACUACUUGAUGAUCGCAGCCAUCGUUAUACUUGGUGGAAUAGGUAGGCAGAGCAUAGAUGUCAAACCUCAAGAUAUCACCAGGAGUCUGCAACUGGCUGUUAUGUAUUGGCCGAUGUAUGCUGUCACGAUGGCCCUGGUAAAAUGCUCGGUCAUCUGUUUCUACUGUCGCGUCUUUGAAUCUGUACAGCACUUUCGAAUCUCGGCACAACUGGUACUCGGCACGGUGGUUGCAUGGUCUGUAAUCAUAAUCUUGUCCGGGUACUUCAUCUGUCGACCGUUCGCCUUCAAUUGGGAUGCGACCAUUGCAGGCGGGGUAUGUGCCGACCGCACAGCAUUGCUGCUCUCGACGUCGACAUUCAAUGUCAUAACGGACGUCUUGGUCUUGUCGCUUCCGAUCCCACACAUCAUGUCUCUUAAUCUCCCCUUAAGAGUGAAGGGAGGCAUACUUUUCAUGUUCUCAGUCGGAUUCUUCCUUACAUUCAUAAGCAUUCUCCGCAUCGUAGCGAUCAAGGAGAUCGACUUCUCCAGUCCUACAUAUACGCUGCUGGAAUGUGUCUUCUGGUCCACCCUCGAGCCUUGUCUGGCUAUCAUGAACGGCAAUCUGCCAAUGGUCCGCAGUCUACUCGUUGUCCUUGCACCGUCGCUUUUCGGUGUAAAAGUCGGUUCGAAAUCAACCACGCGAGAGAUGUGCAUCAACACGAUCGGCGGCGGCAGCAGAGGUCGAGGAGUGGGCUUUCAGCUCAUGCGGAAACAGUCAGACACAUUCGCAGAGAGCGGUAUCAGGCUCGGGAUCGAAAGCACAAUCAAGCCGGCAAAGACGCUGGGGAAGAAAGGGCAUCAGCGAAAUAGGAGCUAUGUUUCUCGCCGAAGCAUCGAUGUGGAAUAUUGUUAUGCGACCUCGUCUCAAGAACUAACCUAG